AGUUAACAGAGUGAAGUAUUGUAGGAAACAUGCAACAGUGUGUCGUUUUACUCAACCUACUCGCUGUCCUGAGCAUCCACAUGUGUGAUGCACAAGGUGACCAAGGCGACUGCAUCCCCGUUGGGAAAUAUUGUGCUGCAAGCUUGACGAAGACGUGUUGUCCACCAAACGAGUGUCAAAUGACGUCUCCCAGGUCUGGGACGUGUGUGAAGUCAUGUUAUCAAUUGAAAGCACAAUGUCAGAAGAAUGAAGAAUGUUGCAGCAAGCUGUGUAUAGACGGGAAGUGUGGAGAUGCAAGUGAGUGCAUCGCCCUCGGACAAUCUUGUACUGCAAGUAUGGAGAAGAAGUUUUGUCCACCAUAUGAAUGCCAGAUGAGCACUCUUAGAUCUGGAACAUGCGUCCAUAAUUGUCUCAAGAUGAGUUCACCGUGUAAGACGAAUGAAGAGUGUUGCAGCAACAGAUGUUUCUAUGGUAAAUGUCUGGACAAGAAAACAUUCGGAGAGAAGUGAUGUUUGCAUUCCUAAG